AUGCUCUGGAGCCUACGCCAAAGUCGCUCUCAGAAGUAUUUCGGCUACUCGCCAGGGCGCACAUGGGGGGUGCUGAGGCUCGGGGCCGAGGCCGGCGCCUCAUCUCCCGACUGCCCGGCACAGCGGUCAGUGCGUCCGCCCCCGGACAAGCUGCCCCGGCUUUGCUGCUGCUGCAGCAGCGGCGGGGCGGGGCGGGGCGCGGCCCCCCCGCGAUGCGCGCAAGGACAGCGGGCUCCGGGGCACGGCGGGGGGGUCGGGCUGCAGCCUGGAGGCGGCCGUGGCGGGGCGGGCUGGGGAGCGCCGCAAGGAUACGGCACACGCACCAACCCUCCCCCGCACACGCACCCGCGCUCCCGCCCUCUCCCCACCCCCGCACCUGCUUCCUCGCCGUGGGCCGGCGGGGCGGGGCGGCGUGUUGUGCUCGGUAACCAGGGAGCUGCGCCGGGCGCGUCGAGGUGCGGUGCGGCGCGGUGCGGUGCGGUGCGGUGCGGUGCGGUGCGGUGCGGCGCGGCGGGCGGAGGUGCUGAGGUUGUUUUCCCUGGUCCUAUGAGGGCCAGCAUUGGACUGGAGGCAUCUGACUGCCCCAGGGAUGCUGUGACACGGCUGAGGGUUGAAUGCAAAAACGGAAGCAGUCCAAGAUCCUCAUCUCACUGA